UUUAUACCCCCCAAAAGGGGGAAAAAUGCACGCAAGCAUCCCAAAUGUUUAAUGUAAUCACCGGCCAGCUGUGUGCACUUGUAAAGUUGUUAUAAUCCCCCUCCUUGUUAUAAACAGGAAAGGACAGAAUAUAAAGCAACAGGCCUGCAUUCACAAAUACCAGCUUUCCCCCUGAAGCCUGCCAAAAUCCCCCUUUUAUGGUGCUCUUCGCUUGCAACCUCAGCCUGGCCAGAGACCUCAGUUUUGCUCCCCCAUCCCGAUAAAGCUGUUAUUAAACCUCUCCCAAACUUGCAGUGCCCAGAUCACCCCGGAAUACCUCCACCUUUUUAGAUCCCCAGAGCCCAAUAUUAUCGAACUCUUCUCCUCCUAGAUUGGUUACUAGGGCUUCUCUAUUUCCUCCUUCCUGGCUUCACCCCCUAGGAACCUCAAAUUAGUUAUCUGGGAUUGAAGUUAUUUAGACGAGACUUGACAGACGUCUGAAAAAUCUGAGAAUCCUGGGAGUUUUGUUGCACCCACACUCCAAAAACAUUCCCCGUGUCAGUCUCCCGGCAUCUUUAAUGCCAAGCUCCAUUCCCUUCUCCAUCUCCUAAAACUCGUGGAGAUUUUCCUUCUCUCCUCUUCUCACUCCACUGGUCCCCUUAAAAUAUCUUCUGAAGCCCUUGAAAGUUUUUAAUAAGGAUCCUCUGUCUUCCCAUAAAACAGGGAAGAAGAAGACUAUUCUCUGUCCUUAGAGAAGAGAUGGGUGGGUGGCACGAGGGCUCCCUCCUGGCCUGCACUCUUCUUGGGCCAUUUUUCCCCUUGAUUAAUCUUUUCACCCCCACCUCCUGUCUCUCUGGCCUGCUCGGACCCCGGGCCGAGCCGCAGCAGUUAACAUCCUGCUUUGCUGAGUUGUGUGUGCUUGCAGCGUCAAGGGGUGGACGUGAUAUUUCAAACAUCAGAUCAGUGCGUUUAUAUAUUGGGUGCCCGGAAAUUUUUCCAAAUAAACACAGCUUGAUUCAACUUGGGUGGGCAGACUUAUCAACAGACUAAUUCUAUAAACAAAUGAAGAAAUAACCCAGAAAACGAUUGGCUGGUAUCAAAAAGACACGUGGAGAAAAGCUUGGAGUUUUUCAGCAAUGAAAUUUUAAUUAAUGUGGGUGGGCUGAGAACACAACGAUUGUUUAUCAUAGACAAUUUAUUUUCCAGUGCUAAGUCAACAUAUAAUAGCAAACUUACAACAAUUAUUUAACAUUUUUAAAGGCAUGAAGAAGGGACACAGCGAGAGCUCGGGAGUUCAUUGGGAAAGGAGGCAGAGCUGGAGGGAGCUGGGGUUGCAGGCUCGUGGCUGGCUCUCCCGGGCUUGGGGAACCUCUUCCUGGCUCUCUCUUGCCUUCUCCCUUCGGGACAGCCUGGAGCUCGCUUAGCCUCGCCAUGACCCAUCUCUACAACCACCACCUACCUCCGCUGGUCAGCCCUUCGGUGUUGUACGUGUACAGCCCCGAGCGCCCGGGGCUGUCCCUGGGCUUUUCUCCUCCCGCUACUCUGGUUGGAGCUGGUCGGGCCGAGCCCCCCCAGAAGCCUCCCUACAGCUACAUCGCCCUCAUCGCCAUGGCCAUCAAAGAUGCCCCAGACCAGAGGGUCACGCUCAACGGCAUCUACCAGUUCAUCAUGGACCGCUUUCCCUUCUACCACGACAACAAGCAGGGCUGGCAAAACAGCAUCCGCCACAAUUUAUCCCUCAAUGACUGCUUCGUCAAGGUGCCCCGGGAGAAGGGCCGCCCAGGCAAAGGCAGCUAUUGGACCCUGGACCCCCGCUGCCUGGACAUGUUUGAACACGGCAACUAUAGACGGCGGAAGAGGAAGCCCAAGCCCGGGCCCGGGGUCCAGGAGGCCAAGAAGGGAAAAGGGGAGGUGGAGGAGACUGGAGCCCAGGUGGGCCGCAGAAUCAGGCUGGAGGAAAGGGAAGAAAGUCCUGUAGCAGCUGGGGGAGGAGGGGAGAGAGGAGGAAGACAAGGAGGGGGAGGAAAGAAUAAAGGAGGAGGAUGGCGUGAAGGAGGAGAUGGAGGAGGGGGAGGAAGGAGUGAAGAGAGAGAACUAGGUGGAAGAAGUGAAGCAGGAGGAGGGGGAGGAAGAAAAGGAGGAGGGAAUGUAGGAGGGAGAGAAGGAUGUGAAGAAAGAGGAGAAGGAAGUAGUGAGGGCUAUGUGACCAGCCCAAAGGGAGCUUCCCAGGGGCAUGCUGCCUCAACUCCCACUCACCCCUCCACCAGAUGCUCCGUCCCCUUUUGCUGGCCCAGCCCUGGCCUCCUUUCUGUGGUCCCGGAGGACGCUGCGCAGGACCGUCUCCAGAGAGAUGCUGUUAUCUCAGCCCCGGCAAGACUUGGACCCGGACGACCCUGCCCCUCCAAAAAACGCCGACAAGACCAAAAGCUUCAGCAUAGACAGUAUCCUGGCCCGGACACAGAGCCAGAAGCAGGCUAG